UGAUCUUUGGUGUUGGUCAUUUACCAUUCUACUUCGUACCCUGUUUGGCUGCUACUUUUGUUCUUCCUUUGACCUUUCCAUUUCCUUUAACUCAUCCAAACGUGUUUUAAUUGUUGAACAUGUUAAAAGGUUAUUGUAGUAGUAGCUCCUUCUACACAAUAUCUAAUUUACACCUUCUCCCCUCAAACUUCAAUACCAGAUUUUGCAAUCUUCAUCAAGCAGCUGCAAAACUUGAUCUUCCCCUCCAGAUGAGCAGCUCAGCAGUUGUCAAAAUUAGGACAUCCAUUGAGGAUGUACGUAGUUUGCGAUUUAUUACAGCGGUUAAGACUCCGUAUCUACCUCAUGGAAAAAUUGAUCUGGAAGCAUAUGAUAACUUGGUGAAUAUACAAAUUGCGAAUGGCGUUGAAGGUAUUCUUGUUGCUGGCUCAACUGGUGAAGGCCAAUUAAUGACAUGGGAUGAACAGAUAAUGCUCAUUGCUCAUACGGUAAACUGUUUCGGCGACAAAGUUAAAGUUAUUGGUAAUGCAGGAAGUAAUUGUACGAAAGAAGCGAUUGAGGCCACCGAGCGAGGUUUUGCGGUUGGAAUGGAUGCUGCACUUCAUAUAAACCCUUACUAUGGAAAAACCUCAAUGGAAGGUUUGGUUGCUCAUUAUGAUAGUUUGCUUUCUAUAGGACCUGUCAUUAUAUAUAAUGUACCUUCAAGGAGUAGUCAAGAUAUUCCUCCUAAUGUGGUUGAAAUAUUGGCUAAAAACCCUAAUUUUGUUGGUGUGAAAGAGUGUGUGGGAAAUGAGAGGGUGAAGAUGUAUACUGAUAAAGGAAUUGUUGUGUGGAGUGUUGAUAUGUUGUGCCAUGAAGCUAGAUGGGAUUGUGGUGCUGUUGGAGUUCAAUCUGUUGCAAGUAAUUUGGUUCCUGGUUUAAUGAGAGAACUCAUGUUUGAGGGUAAGAAUUCUAUAUUGAAUUCAAAGCUUAUGCCUCUGUUUGAUUGGCUUGUUAUAGAGCCAAGUCCUAUUGCUUUGAACACUGCUCUUGCUCAACUUGGAGUUGUCAAACCUGUUUUUAGGUUGCCAUAUGUACCUCUGAAUAGGGAACAAAGGGUUGAGUUUGUGAAUUUGGUGAAGGAAAUGGGUAGGGAGAAUUUUGUUGGAGAUAGAGAUGUUCAAGUUCUUGAGGAUGAUGAUUUUAUCAUAGUAAGUCGGUAUUAGACUGCCGUCUUACGGAUUGAAGGUGGCUCAUAUUUUACAAGAGAUGUUGACUAUUGUGUUGUGUUUGAAAGGAAACUUCUCAUUUAUUUCAUAGCAGAUAUAUGGCUGAAAAAGCUUCCCUUGUAUGCACCUUUCUCCAAAUAAUUCCAACAUUUUCUAUUGUCACUAAGUUUAAACUACCUUAGGAGUUUGUGAUAUUUUCAAAGUCUCAUUUAUAAAAAAAUUGUAAUGCUUAAUAGUUAUCCUGAAGGUGACAAAAUAUCAAUUAAAAAAGUGAAUGGCAACAACUGAACCAAGUUAACUUAAAACUGAGAAACUCGUAACUUUUGCCAUCACACAAAAUUGUCUCAAUUAUGUUUGAUGUACAUUAUACUAUUUUACCAGAUUAAAUCUUUAAAUCAGAAGAAGGAAUGACCAAGUACUCAAUUCAGCAUGUAAGAAUCAUCUUUGACUCUACUUAGUUAGAUCUAUUGUUUUGGGAAAUCAAAACUUCAAUUUUACAUAAACAACUGUAGAAACCAGUCUAACCAGCAAGUGGAUUAGAAUGCAUUGUUACACGAUUGAGCCUUAUCUCUGCAAGUGGUCGAUCUUGUGCCCCGGUUGGAGUCUGCACAAUAAAAAAAGCAUAUCAUUUCUUAAACUAGCACACAAUAUUAAUGUAAAUCAUUUGAGGAGAAUAAUAAUUUGAACUACAAUAUUAAUGUUUGCUA